AUGGCAAAGAAAUCUUCCAAGGGAAUUCCUUCAGAAAAGGGAAUCAAAAAAAGUGGAGGAGAAGAUAUACCGAAAGGUUUAGAGGAUGAAGAAUACUUCCAUGGCUUAUUACCGCGUGAAGAUUGCAGCGAAAUUUUAACCAAAGUUGGAGAUUUUCUUGUACGUGUAUCACAACCACGACCAACUGAUCCACGUGAAGUAAUCAUAUCAGUACGCGUAUCAAAAGAACAAUCAGCACAAUCAAUCCGACAUGUAAUUGUUAAGAAGCAAAAGCUUCCAAACGGUGAAAUUGUAUGGAUUGCAAUUGAAGCGAUCAAAUUUACCUCAUUCUUUGAAUUAAUUGAACAUUACCUAAAAAAAGGCGAUCCAAUUAAUCCUGAACAUGAAAAUAGUGUACUGAUCAAAGCAGUUAAGCGACAACCAUGGGAAUUUAGUCAUGAUGAUAUUACGCUUAAAGAAAUGCUUGGCUCUGGCGCAUUUGGUGAAGUGCGGUCAGGUGAACUGAUCAUUAACAAGAAAAAAACUGAGUGUGCUGUGAAAAUUGCUAAAAUUACGAUAACGGAAGCACAAAUGGCACUUCGAAAGGAGAAAAUUAAGGAAAUGAUGCAUGAGGCACGUUUGAUGCGUCAUUACGAUCACGAUAAUAUUGUUCGCAUUUAUGGCGUUGCGGUAGAUCGUGAACCAUUGAUGAUUGUGAUCGAAUUGAUUAAAGGUGGAUGCCUGUCGGAAGAUCUAAAACACCGCAAAGGAAAUAUUUCAAAUGGUGAGAAAGUGGAAAAAAUGUGCCUCGGUGCAGCUCAUGGUUUGCAAUAUUUGCAUUCAAAGAAAUGCAUUCAUCGCGAUAUAGCCGCCCGAAACAUUUUAUACACUAAGGAUAAAGUGGCUAAAAUAAGUGAUUUUGGGAUGUCACGCGAGGGAAUAAUUUAUAAGAUGAAAACAUCAAAGAAAGUACCGAUCAAGUGGACAGCCCCUGAAACUAUUGCUACAUUUGUUUAUAGUUUGCAAACAGAUGUUUAUUCAUUUAGCAUAACAGUAUGUGAAGUAUUCAACGAUGGCGAAGAACCGUACAAAGGAUUAAAAAAUUCAGAAGUCAAGAAAAUGGUAUUACGCGGAGAAAGAAUGGAAAUACCGGAAGCACCCGAGGGUAUAUCAACUUUAAUUAAGCAUUGCUGGGAUCAGAAUCCAUCAUCUCGAUGGACAAUGACCGAUGCAGUGAAAAAAUUGGAAAAAAUAGCCAAACAGAUUAGCCAGCAAGGAACGGAGAAUGUAGGCGUAACCGGAUUGAAUUCAGGCAAGGACAUGAGCCUCUCAAAAAACACUAAUGUUUCCAACAAGAAAAAUGAUUCCUUGAAAAGUAUUCUGGACAGUCCGGUAGCGCAAAAGUCGAUCAAAGGAUUGCAAAUAUCGAAAGGAAUUAAGAAAAAGAAUAAAUGA